GGGGAUGUGGAGCCAGAGGUCCAGAAUUCUGACUCGAUGGAUGUUGAUGACUCUACAACAGAGAAGCUACCACAGGUGGCUGAAGAGAAGCCAGAGAGAAGCAAAGACUCAACCAUCCAUACAGCACAUCAGUUUUUGAUGGACACUCCCCAGCACAUCGUUAGAGAUCCUGAAGAGCUAAGGAAGGAACUUGAAAGGCAACUGGAAGCUUGGCAGACACAGCAGCCUGGAACUCCUGAGGAGGAGAAGGAAGCAGCACAGUUGUGGCAGAGGUACUUGGUUCUGACAGCUCCUCUGUCACAGCAGCUUUGUGAGCAGCUGCGACUCAUACUGGAACCCACUCAGGCAGCCAAACUGAAAGGAGACUACAGGACGGGGAAGAGACUGAACAUGCGCAAAGUGAUUCCGUACAUUGCCAGUCAGUUCCGCAAGGACAAGAUCUGGCUGCGAAGGACCAAGCCCAGCAAGAGACAGUACCAGAUCUGCUUGGCCAUUGAUGAUUCCUCUAGUAUGAUAGACAAUCACUCGAAACAGCUUGCCUAUGAAUCCCUGGCAGUCAUUGGAAACGCGCUGACUCUUCUCGAGGUGGGACAGAUUGCUGUGUGUAGCUUUGGAGAGACUGUUCAGCUGCUGCACCCGUUCCAUGAGCAGUUCAGUGACCACUCAGGGACACGGAUCUUGAGGCUUUGCAAGUUCCAGCAGAAGAAGACCAAAAUAGCUCAGUUUCUAGAAUCAUCAGCAAAUAUGUUUGCUGCAGCACAGCAGUUGUCUCAAAAUAUUAAUCCUGAAACAGCUCAGCUGCUUUUGAUUGUGUCUGAUGGAAGAGGUCUGUUCCUGGAAGGCAAGGAACGAGUGACAGCAGCAGUUCAAGCAGCUCAGAAUGCCAAGAUCUUUGUUAUUUUUGUAGUGUUGGACAAUCCUAAUUCCCGGGAUUCCAUUCUGGACAUUAAAGUUCCUAUCUUCAAAGGACCUGGAGAACUGCCUGAAAUCAGAUCCUACAUGGAAGAAUUCCCAUUUCCCUUCUACAUGAUCCUUAGGGAUGUGAAUGCUCUUCCAGAGACUCUGAGCGAUGCUCUCAGGCAGUGGUUUGAACUGGUCACUGCCUCAGACACUUUGUAGGUGAAAUCAGGACCUGAUGUGCUCCUAAACUGCUGAAAUAACCAAAACAGCCUUUCCCUGGAGGGGCCACAAGGCUCUUCCCAACCAGGAUUAACUGCAGGAGCUGCCCUGGGGCA